CGCGUAAGUGAAAGCAUCCCGGCAACCUAGACUGUCCAUGUUCUUCACGCGGCGUCUCUUUGCGCCCAUGGUAACACCUUGCUCAACGUUGGACUGCUAAUUCACAAACUACCUCACCCACAGUCGCAUUUUGUGCAGGUGUAAGGAACACUUUCACAAAAAAAGGUAUUGUUAAAUGCACGCUGUUUAUGAAGCAUGAAUUUGGCAGAGAUAUGUGACAACGCCAAGAAGGGCCGUGAGUAUGCCCUGCUUGGAAACUACGACUCCUCCGUGGUGUACUACCAAGGCGUGAUUCAGCAGAUCCACAAGCACUCUCAGUCCCUCAGAGAUCCAGCUCUGAAGGUUAAAUGGCAACAGCUCAGACAGGAAUUGACUGAGGAAUAUGAGCAGGUGAAAAGCAUCAUGGGAACCCUUGAGAGCUUCAAGUCCGAGAAGCCAGUCGACAUCCUUGUCCCUCUGGAGCGGCCAGAGGACCCAGCAGUUUGGCCCCCACCCAUCCCAGUGGAACACAGGAAUCCUGUUGUGGUGAAAAGGCCUAACAGCGCAAUAAAGCAGCACAGGAAGGAUUCUCCUGGCAUGCAGCACAGAGGAGGACGCGCUCAGGCCAACCCUAAAGCAGAGAGGCAGGCCAACAGGGCCGCAAAGGCCAAAGAUGAUAAGCAGGGUAAGAAAGUGGAUUCAUUGGCGGAAGGAGAACAGAAGAAGUUUGAUGGUACUGGGUAUGACAGCGACUUAGUGGACUCACUAGAGAGAGACAUCAUCUCCCGUAAUCCUAAUGUACACUGGGAUGAUAUUGCUGAUUUGGAGGAUGCUAAGAAGCUUCUGAGAGAAGCUGUUGUGCUCCCCAUGUGGAUGCCUGACUUUUUCAAGGGAAUUCGUCGACCAUGGAAGGGCGUACUAAUGGUUGGCCCUCCAGGAACCGGAAAGACAAUGUUAGCCAAAGCCGUGGCCACAGAAUGUGGGACUACUUUCUUCAAUGUGUCCUCCUCCACCCUCACCUCCAAAUACAGGGGCGAGUCAGAGAAACUUGUCCGUCUGCUGUUUGAAAUGGCUAGAUUCUACGCUCCAACAACUAUCUUCAUAGAUGAAAUUGACUCCAUCUGUGGCAGAAGAGGGACGUCAGAUGAACAUGAAGCCAGCCGGCGUGUUAAAUCAGAACUUCUGAUUCAGAUGGAUGGUGUUGGCGGAGCCUUGGAAAAUGAUGACCCCUCUAAAAUGGUGAUGGUGCUCGCUGCCACAAACUUCCCGUGGGACAUCGACGAGGCGUUGCGGCGACGGCUGGAGAAGCGGAUCUACAUCCCGUUGCCCACAGCCGUGGGCCGUGUGGAGCUUUUAAAGAUCAACCUGAGGGAGGUGGAGUUGGCUCCUGACGUCAACCUCGACCUCAUAGCGGAAAAGAUUGAGGGAUACUCGGGAGCGGACAUCACCAACGUCUGCAGAGAUGCAUCCAUGAUGGCCAUGCGUCGUCGAAUUCAAGGCCUGAGCCCGGAGGAGAUACGAGCGCUGUCUAAAGAUGAGCUGCAGAUGCCUGUUACCAUGGAGGAUUUCACUAUGACUCUGAAGAAGAUCUCAAAAUCUGUCUCUGCUGCAGACCUGGAAAAAUACGAAUCCUGGAUGGCAGAGUUUGGCUCCGUAUAGAGAAUAGAUGCAAACUCGCACAGUUGGACCAGAGGGUUGAAAAGAGAAUUCCCAGCUUUGAAGUGUAAAGGCUUUGAAGAGGAGGAGAACUGUAGAGUGAGCCAAGAAGCACAUCAGGGAUGUUAGAGUCCACAUCAGAAGGCUGGCAUCUUUGACAGAGCUUCAUAAAAACUUUGAGAAGCUCCACUUCUGCUCUUUUUACAUCCCCCCCCACCUUUGCACUAUAUAGGAAGACUUCUGACAUCUUCCACCUGGGUAACUUGAGGGAUGUCAAUAUUAUUAAGCUAAACACUUCUGACCUAAGAAAGAUCUAGUAGUUGCCUAAAAGUCAAAGAAAGGAAAAAUGUAUUUGUUCUGUGAAACUUUCAAUCUUGUUCAGCUCUCAUUAAAAAGGAAAAAAAUGUCUAGCACAGAGCAUCGGACCUUACUUCUGAUGACUUGAUAUACAAUAAAUCUACAAUUGCAAUCAAUAUUUCAAAAAGAAACUGUUAAUGUAUCAUCCAAACUAAGCUAGAACAAAACUGUCACUUUUAACAGCAAAGGGCAACUGUUGACAUUUUUUUUUUUUUUUAGCAAAGUUCAAAUUGUCACCAAUCCUACAAAAAAGUGGUCAGCUUUGCAUUUGCAAGAUGUUCUACGAAGCAUAAAGUUUAUGUAGAAUAAUUCAACACUUGGACUCAAGUGUUGUAAUAAUUGCUGUUAGCAACAUAAAUCUGUUGUAUUUGUAUGAAGUCUUACUUCAUUCAUAAAGAUUGUUGUCUUAAAGAACUAUAUAUAUAUUCAGCACUUUAAAUGUAUUUUCUUAAAACUUCCCUGUGUUGACUACUGACUGAACUCUUGUGUUUUAGUGCUAUGUGUUUGCUUUGUUGUGAUUGUUAUUUUGUUGAGCUUUUUUAAAUUUGUCUUCAGUUUUAGAUUAAAUUUGGACAAACAAAUAUAUGGAGAGCAUAAAAAUGUGUUUGCUUACUUGUGUUUUUGUUUUUUCAUUUUUAAAUAAAAAGGAACAUUUGUUUUGACCUAAAA